ACGAGGGGAGAAGGCAGGCGUGGCUGCGAAGGUGUGGCUCUGCUGGGAGUUGCUUGCAAAGUGUGCAGGUGCCAUGGCUGCUCCCCUGCAAAGGAAGGUGCCUUCUCUGACACUGAGUGAAAUAAAUCAGAGUAGAAAAAAUGAGCUUCUGGCAUGGGUAAAAGACACAGGAGUUAAGUUACUACAGAUCAACGGCCAGAGAAAAUAUGGUGGCCCUCCACCAGAUUGGUUUGGCAGUCCCCCACCAUCUGGUACAGAGGUUUUCAUAGGGAAGAUCCCACAAGAUAUAUAUGAGGAUAAACUAAUUCCUCUUUUCCAAAGUGUCGGAAAGCUCUAUGAAUUUCGCCUGAUGAUGACGUUCAGUGGGCUUAACCGGGGCUUUGCUUAUGCCAAGUAUUUGAACCGGUAUAGUGCUCAGAAGGCUAUCACUGUGCUCAAUAAAUAUGAAAUCCAAAUGGGCUGCCACAUAGUUGUUUGCAGAAGCACUAACAAGUGUGAGCUCUGCAUUGAUGGCCUUGCUCCCUCCGUGAAAGAAUGCCAUCUUCUGCCAAUGCUACAGGAGCUUACCACAGGAGUCCUGAGCAUUUCCUUGCACCCUAGCCCCUUCAAGAGACAACGACAGCUUGCAGAGGUGAAAUAUAUCUCCCAUCAGGCUGCUGCAAUAGCCAAGAAGGCUCUGGUUGAAGGAACGUUGUGUCUGUGUGGAGACCAGAUUGAAAUAGACUGGUUGAAACCCAAUAUAAAACAGGAGCUACGCAGUUCCUCAGGGCAGGCCAUCCCAAAGAUCUUGUCAGCUGGUGGUUCUUGCAGAGAUUCCCUGAAUGAAGAGCUUUCUGAGCCUGCAGACUGCCACAAACUACCAAUGUUGGGCAGCAUGUUGGACUACCUCAACUUACAGUGUGAGAAGCAGCAGCUGGGGCGCCCUCAGUUCUUCACAAAAUGUGUGCAAAGCAACCCAGAAGGGUGGUUGCAGUUCUGGUAUCAUGUAGUCAUACCUCGGUAUUUGUCUCCCUUCAGUGGAUUUGUAUGGAUCAAGCCAGAUGAUUCUGGCCUGGAGGACAAUGAAAAGGCCAAGAAUGUUGUGGCACUGCAGCUACUCGGUGCUCUGGGGUGCCCAGUGGUCUAAUGAAUGUUGCAGAACGACUCCUACAUGUGGAGGAUGCCUGUGUGUCCAGCCCUUCCUCUUUUAAGUUGGCUCUGUAGGCAAACCUAUGUGAAUAGUAGGUGCCUGGCCUCCUUUGUUUUUGUUGGUUUGGGACAUUGGUUCCUGUAUCUUAAGUUCUACUAAAUUGUUUGGUUGAGUUGUUUGAGCAGCCCCUACAGUUUUGGAAGGAAAGGAUGCAUGCUUGUUUGCUGGCAGACAAUGUAAAUGCACUAGUACCACGUAAGCCUGCAGAGGCCUGGACUUAGAAGCUAAAAGAAAUGUGUAGUGUGCAGGAAACACUCACUUUCUUAUUGUCUGGUCUGCUGUGCAUAGGUAAGGAAAGCUUAAACAUUCCCACCUCAACUGGGUUUUUCCUUGAGUUCACCUCCUCCCCAGAUCACAGAUGGAAAGGAACAAAACCUUUAUUAACACCAGUUGUCUCCACCUCCCUCGUCCAGUAGAUCAAAAUUAGAGUGGGCCCAUCCCAUUUAUCAAGAUGUGAGAAAGAAAGCAAGGCUUUCCCAAACAGAAGGUAUUAGGUGUAGUAUCUAGUUGAGCCAUGUGAUGCCAGCUAUGGUCCAGAUUCAAGAGUAAGAGCUGUCUCCUUUUCUUUGUGUUUAAAUCUUGUUUGUAUUACGUUUGGAAUAUAUUUUAAUUUGUUUACAUGGCAGUUUGAAUCACAUGCCAUAUAGCUUAGAUCUUUUGGGGAGGGGUGCACUUAGCAAACUUAUUGUAGGGGAACAACCAGAUACAAGUAGAUUUUUCUUCAGCCAGGCCUUUUUCUCUGAUGGAGGAAAGAGGCUUGUAUUGACGGUGCCUUACUGUGUUACAAGCUAGCUCUUGAAGAUGAAAACUUAAAUGAACAGGGUGACAUUACUUCUGAAUGCUUUCUGAUACCUUUUAAUAAGCACAGCACAGCUCGUGCACAGCCAGGUGGCUUUUUAACACAGGGAAAAAAAUGUUCCCAAUGAAUGAGAAUUUCAGAGGACAAGAUCUGCUUGGUGCCUUAAAACUUUACAUUUUAGAAUUGCAUGGAAAACAGUGAAUGAGUGUGUAACAUCAGAAUCGUUGGUACUUUAAUAUUAAAGUAGUUUUGAAAGAAA